AGCUGUCAAAACGGCUGUCGUAACCCAAAAUGUAAACAAAGCCAUCCAAACACAGCGGCGACGUGCCUUCCCCCCACUCCGCAAUGCACUUGCGCUUCGGAACGGGUUUGUUGUUUAUUUUGUCCGGCAAAAAAGGCACAACUUCGCUGCACAAACCGUUUAGAGAGAGUGAAAAAUCGGCAAAAACGAUAUCAGAAAGCAGCCCAACCGGCCCUCCCCGUACGCGUCGUGCACACUGGUCGAAUCUGCUCGAGAUCGAGCGGUCCACCGACCUGCUUUCGAGCAGCGUGCAUUCCUGUUGUGCACGUACAGACACAACUGCGCCAUUCACACACAACACACGCCAAGCACACGGUUCCGCGCGGAGGCCACAGCGAGACGGCAAGCUGGGCUGUCAAACCGUGGAGAGAGAGAGAGUUUUGGUUACGCUUCGGAUUUCAAUACGGAACGUUUUGUGCGUGUGACUGUGUGUGUGUGUGUUUGUGUGUGCGCGCGGGCGCGCGCUAGUUCCUCCGGAAAUCGGAAUUUUCCACCGCCCCAGCGGCAAACGCGUCGGUCCCGCACCUGUGUCACCGGAAAAGCGGCCCAGUACUCCCACCCGCCACGAUCAAACCCUUUGUGCUGUGCGGCGUACGAGCCGAAAGGCAUUUGCCUCCCCCCGCCUGGGACCGUGCUCCCCCGCUCGACUGUGACUGUUUUUUUUCUUCUUCUUCGUUUGUGUGUGACAGAAACAACAACCAACAAGAAAAACACCAACACACUGCAUCCAUUGCCAAGCGCGGCGCUUCCUGGUCCCCAUUCCACCGCAGCAGCAGCAGCAGCAACACAAGCACCAGCAGCGACCAUUGUGCAGGAGAGUGUGACAGCGGAGGGGCGGAUAGGGAGUGCUUUGUUUUGAUAGCCGAGCGCGCCCGAGCCUGGUCGAUGCGUCGUCGCUCGGUGUGCCACCGGCGGCCGCACGAUGAAUCCGACCUCGCUGUACAUCACCACGUCCCGGCUGGUGUUCCAGGGGGACAUCGUCGCGGGGCUGCAGGACCUGAACCGGCUGCUGCCGUACCUGCGCAAGAGCCUCAGCUGUGCGGUCUGCUGCAAGCUGCUGGUCGAGCCGCACAGCCCGGUGACCGGCGACUGCCAGCACCACAUCUGCCGCGUGUGCGUCGGCAAGCACAAGAAGCUGAAGCCGGCCUGCCGCUUCUGCAAGGGGCUGCUGCAGUACCGGGAAAACACGCAGCUCCGGCUGCUGCUGCAGUGCUACAAGAGCAUCUGCACGUUCAUCCGCACGCGGCCGGUGUACGCGGACAUCUGUAAGUGUGCGGGCGGGGCGGGCCAGCCGCGGGAGGGCGGCGGGCCCGGACCGAGCAGUGCCGCCUCCCCCCACAACACCGCCACCACCUCCCCCAACAGCCUGAUGGAGCUAAUCGAGGAGGGGGCCGCCUUCGUCGACGACUUCAAGUGCAAUUCCGGCCUGUCCAAGUCGGCCUACUCGAUACUGCCGUGCGUCUUUCCGCCGCCGGUCGUGACCGUCCAGCAGCAGCCCGCGGCCGCCGAACCGAAGCCACCGGUUCCCGCCGCACCGCCGCCCUGCUGCUCGAAAGGGCCGCCGGGAAAGAAAGGGAAAAAGGAAGUGGCCGGCAAAACUUCGGGGACGUCGCAGCAGCCCGUUGCACCACCACCACCACCGCCAGCGAACGAGCAGGGAAAGCGGAAGGAGGGGCGGAAAACGAAAGCGCGCACGACAAAGCAGCAGCAAGUGGAAGGGGAGGAGCAACCGCCGCGGAAGAAGCGGGCACAGUCGAAGCAGCGGCAAAAGCCGGAACCGCCCGCCCAGCAACGGCAGCCAUCGGAACAGCGAACCGUAAAGCAGCAGCAGCAGCAGCAACAGCGGAAGCAAAAGCAGCAGCAACCGCUGCAACCGGGCGCACAAGUACAGCGGCAGCCGCCGAGACAGGGACCGGUAGUGGUGGACAGACCAACAGGGGAGCAACAGCGAGCGGCCGUGCAACAGGUAGCGUUACAGCAAAGGCCGCCACCAGUGCAGUUGCAGCGCAAACUACCGGUCCAGCCGCAAGCCCAGCUCGUGCACUACCACUGUUUAACCCCGCGGCAGAACAUCAAACAAACCAUCCAGCAGCAGCAGGGAGCGGCAAAACAGCAGCAGCCCCCGAAACAGCUCAAGCAGCAGGCGAAGCAGGGACAGCAGUCGGCGGCAGCCCAGCUGCUGGUCGUGCCGUCCCAGCAGCCCCCGCAGCAAUUGCUGCACCAGCCGACCGGUGCCCAGAAGCAGCUGGUGCGCCUGCUGCCGAAACCUUCCACCAAACCUGCCCCGCCGAGCGCGGCACUGCUGGCGGCCCAGAAGGCGAUGAGUGCGGCCGGCCGGGUGCAGAAAACGCCCGCCGGAAGCGGGGCUGCAGCCGGGGGCAAGCCGCACGAUUCGUCCUCGUCCUCGUCUUCCUCGGCCGACCAAACGAUCCAGCUGCAGCAGCCAAUGUUUCAGCUACAGCAAAAGCAGCAGCAGCAAGGCAAGCAGCAGCAGCAGCAGAUUGUUUUUCCCGCGUCGCUGGCGGUGCAGAAGGUGCCGGUAGUGCGCAAGCAGCAGCCGGCCGACCAGCCGGCCGAGUACUUAACGGCGGAGCAGGGCUCGAGCAGUGCGCCCCAGGUGCUGCUCGAGCAUGCGCAGGACAGCUUCCAGAAGCAGCUGGAGCUUGCGCAGCAGCGCCAGCAGCAGAUUGCGCAGGAGCGGCAGCGGCUGCAGGCGCUGCUGCCCCAUCAGCGGCUGCCACCGUCGCUGUCGGUUGCGGCCGGCAAGUUGGUCGGCCAGCAGCAGCAGCAGCAGCAAACCCGGAUGGCAGCAUUCCCGCCCGGGGUCGGCGGUGGCGCGGCCAAACCGCUCAACAGCAGCAGCAUCAUACGCAACGUGCUGCCGGCGCGGAUCGGUCCCACCAUCAUACACGCGGAAUCGAUCGCGGGCCGGACCGGCACCACCACCAGCGCCAGCCCGCUCGUCCCGCAGCACGUGGUGAAGAACAGCUGCGUGCCGACGACGCCGCGCAUCGUCAACAUUACCACGCCGCAGGAGAUCAAGUUCGAGGCGGCGCCCACCAUCAAAACCGUGUCGAGCGGCUCGACCAUGUACUCGGUGCUGUACGCGGAAAGUGGCAACAAGUUUACGAUCAAGCGCAAGCCGGACACGGUGUCGGCGGCGGCUACGGCGGCCAAAUCGGUGCACGGUGGUGCGCAGCAGCAGCAGCAGCAGCAGACGACGACAACAACGACGAAGCUUGCCACGAUGAGUCCGCUGGGUGGUGCGACACGCUCCUCCCUCAUUCCUGCCAAGGCAGCAACCGAAUUCGAGCAGCCGCGCAUGGCAAUGGCACAGAAGCAGACGGCCGCGCCGAACAAUCCGAUCGUGCUACAGUUCCGACCACCGCAAGCCCGCACGAUACAGCUGCCACUACAGAACCAACAGCAGCAGCAGCAGCACGGGACGGUUUUGGCGAAGCAGCAAACGUCUUCCUCCCCGCUGCAAGUGCAGAUGGUGCAGCAGCAGCAGCAGCAGCAGCAGCCGUAUCAGCUGCAGCAGAAUCAAACUGUCGUUUCGUUGGCGCCGCAGCAACAGCAAAACUUCCGCUCGCUCAUCAUCCAACAGCAGCAGCAACAGCAACAGCAACAAACGACGACACAGACACAACCGUCGGCACAAACAUCGGGCCAGGGAUCACAACAGCAGCAGCAACAGCAGCAGCAAGCACUGAAGCGAAAGGGCUGCCGGUGUGGCAAUGCUACCCCGACGCCCGGCAAGCUGACCUGCUGCGGCCAGCGCUGCCCGUGCUACGUCGACUCCAAGUCGUGUGUGGACUGCAAGUGCCGUGGCUGCCGCAAUCCGCACCGAGCGGAUGGGUUAAAGAUCCGUCGAUCGCUGUCGGAGCUGCUGUUUGAGCAGUACAAUGCGCCCGCGACAACGGCGACCGCGACCGCCACCGUGGACACGCUGUCGGCCGGCACAACCGCCUCCUCUACGCUCACGCUCGGCCCAACUAUAACGCCCGUCACGUACAGCAUCAGCGCGCUCAAGGCGGCAUCGGCGGCGACCGCCGGCAGUUCGACGACGGCCGUCGCGACCGGCACCACCAAGGUGAAGGUGAUCAGUGCGGGCCAGCACCACCAGAUACUGCAAACCACGGCCAAGGCGCCGCCCGCCACCUCCGUCGUGAAGACUGGUGCGGGCGGCGGUCGCACCCGCACCAAUGGCGGUGGCGUCGGAGUGGUCGGCCUCCUGCCCACCAGCAAAAACCCGCCCACCGUACAACCGAGCAGCAGCAGCAGCAGCAGUGGAGGUGGAGGAAGCACGAUUACGAUCCGCCCGUUCGUUAGUGGGGGCGGCAGCUUCGCUAGCGGCAGUGGCACCACCACCACCACCAUCAGCUACCUGCCCACAAACGUCACGUCCGGCGGCGCCGCCCCCACCACCUCGUCCGCGUACGGGUCGCAGUAUUUGCAAAGCUCGGCGGCGACCGUGCGCCUCAGCAAGCCGGGCCCGUCCCGCACCAGCACCGUCACGUCCGGCACGCUCGGCGGCCCCCCGCCGCCCACCACCUCGUUCGGCGGUACGUUCGCGGGAGGCAAACCGGACGCCCUGCUCAGCCAGAGCUCGGUCGCGAUGAUGCCGGUGGUCGCGAUGCCGCCCGCCGGCGGUGCCUCCUUCUCCACGCCGACCGGCGUCUGGUCGCCGUCGCUGCCGAGCAAUCUGUUCGGCGGCGGGGGCAGCGUCGCCUCCACCGGCACCAGCUCACCGGUCGGUGGCGGCGGUGGCGUCGGCGGCGGCGGCAGCGCUACCGGCAGCUCAGCUGCCCCCGAGCUCUCCAGCCUGUCCGGGUACGACAUGAACAGCUUCGUCACCAUCGGCCACAUGCUCGACCCGGAGGGUGUCGGUGUGAUCGACCUGUGCGACGAUCUCGACCUGAACGCGGCCAACCUCAUCUCGAUCGACUGAUCACCACACCGGUGGAUGAUGAUGGUGAUGGUGGUGGUGAGGCGCGCUCCUUCAGGCGCAAAAAGUGUUUGCUUUUGGAUGGGUUUUUGUAUUUUUUUAUUUCGAACCAUUUCGAUUGUCGCUUUACACACACGUAACCACACCGGUAGGAAUGAGAAUUUUGCAAACCCGAUCUGGGCUGUUUUUUUUUUAAUUGUUCGUACACACUACCUCCCCUCUUCCUAGGGAAAAGUGAGCUUUUUUUGUAGGCCUAUAGACUCUUUCUCUUUUUCUCUCUCUUGCUUUGAUGCGUGCCCGUUUACGGUGCAUCUUGAUCGCCCCCUUUUGUGCUUCCUGUACUUCCUGUAAUGGUUUUGCUUGAACUGUUUUAAACCUUUACAAACCUCGUCCUAGUAGAAAUGUUAAACAUUUCUACUCACGCUUGAUUUUCGCGUUGCUCUUAGUGAAUGUGUGUAUUUUUAAUUAUUUUUAUCUUGUACAACUUUAUAUCUUGUAUUUUAAAUAGCAGAAACGACGCCCCCCCCCCCCGAUCCCCGCAAAAAGCGUAUAUAAGAACGUAUUUUUUAAAUAGAAGAAAAGCACGAUAAUACACAUGCACAAAAGCAUGAUUUAGAAUUGUCAGAACACGACUGUAAAGCGUUAGUUAAAUUGUUUUUCCGAUAGUUUCCGCUUUAAGCUACCGCUUUUAACCCUUUAGAUAGCGGGGGAAGCAACAGAGGUCCUUUUUUUCGGUCUCUUUAUUUUUGGUUGAUUUUUCGUGCCCCCAAUAACUGCUUAGUCGCUAAAGAAGUAAACUAUUGUUUUCGUUUAAUUAUACAUAAAUUAUGUUAAAAAAAAACAAGUAACUUAAAUUAGGACAAAAUUUGCCAAAACACACACACACACAUGCACACAAACGGACAUUGAUCUGAGUGUUUGGUUUGGCCACUAAAUUGAAUUAAGUUUGGCGUUGAUUGGAGGAGGACGUCCCUACGAGCCCCACGAACACGUGUGAUUUGGUUUGGGUCACGUUUUUUUUUUAAAGCAAUGCGUGCAUAUGCUUGUGGGGAAGGAGGGGAAGGGGAAACAGGGCUUGAACCCAUGACGGGCAUGUAGUGAAGUCUUAAUGUGUCUUAGCUGUCGCAAAUAUUCCCCCACCGCGAACCUUUUCUACCCAACAUGGAAAUCUCUCUUAUUGGCUCUUAUUGGAAAAAAACACUUUUUGGCGAAUGUAGGCAAUGGGGGAGGGGGAUGAAAGGGCUAAGUUGAUAACUCCCAGAGCGAUCCCCUACCGGUGCGUGUUUAUAUAUGUGUGCGUGUGUGUCUCUAUGUACGUGUGGUAUCAUCGUUGUGACAUUAGAAGUUAGGAAGUACUGGAACAAUUCGUGCUUAUGGUCCUCAUUUUUUUAUAUUUUUUUGUUUGUUUACCAUCCAACAACCAACCCACCCACAGGAAGCAGAAGUAACCUUCCGCCUUCCUCCCCCCCUUACUUCCCGAUAGGUCUCCUUUUGUACUGAUUUACGGUGUAUGUUCAAAGUGUUGCGAGGUAAGCGAUGGCAUCGGUUGCACACGCCUAAUCCCCACUUGACUGUCUCAUAGGUAGUAGUAGGCCUGUUUUUUGUCAUGUGAAUGUUUAGUUUGUAGAGCGAAGGCAAUUUGUGGUUUGAAUGUUUGUGUGCGCUAACCGAGCCUAACUAACCAAUUCCAUUAUAUUGUUUUUUUUUUAUUUAAAAAAAAACACUCUGUCGAAUGUUGCUGUUUGCUGGAAGUCGAGCCUCGUUGUCCCUCGUAGUAGUAAAUGUAAGUCGUGCUGUGAAGGGGAGUAUGAAACAAAAAUGGAAAAAAGAAACAACACUAGCGACAAAUGCAGGCAAAGGAAUGUUUGGUAGAAUAAUUCAAAAAAAAACAAAACAAAGCGAUGUUGCAAAGCGAUAAACACAAACAUAAAUUAAUCGAUCCCAAGCCCGAUGGGCCAGAAAGUUAGGAUGUAAUUGUAAAUUGUAGGGAUUCUUUUUUUUUUAACGGCUAAAGUUUGACCCAAGGACAUUACUUAAUUGAGGAUAGCGAGAGAGCGAGCGAUAGAAUGUUCUGCAAAAACAAAAAAAAACACAGAAAAAAGGAACAAAAACCUGUGCGAAAAUUAAUUUAUAUGGUAUUAUACCCGUUCGAGCGCAGUUAAGAUUAAUGCGAAUGUGUGUGAUUUGAUUUUUGGAGCAAAGCAAAGUCGCACGUUAAAGUGCGCGCAUCGCUCGUCACAUUUUUUUUCCUUCCCCACCCCCCGAUCGUUUCAACAAUUGAAACAGACACACACACACAUCACAAAACUGCGCCGGAACGAAUCCCGGGUACAGAGGUCCCCGCUACUUUUGCACAAAUUGCAUUUAAAGCUUGAAGAAGAAGAAAAUGAUUUAAAAAUGAACAUAAUAAUAAUUAAAAUAAUAGCAACAGCCACACAGCUACUACAGCAAAAACAAAGGGGGGUAGUGAAAGAGCAUACCCAAAUGUGAUGUGAGAAGGGCAGUGUCUCGACGAGGUGUUGCCGUGGAGUUGAAUUUAGUAAUGUGUAAUGUAUUAGGUGUGUUUACGGGCUGCCACGCGCGCGUGGGCAGUCUUUUUCUCAUCCAAACCUGCAAAACCUGCAAACAUAACAAAACAAAAAUAACAAAAAAACAACCCCCCCCCCCAAAUAGAUGUAACUAACAAACCGAAACGACAACAGACGUGGUAAGCAAAAAAACGGCGGGAAGAAAUUUUAUUUUUGUAUCAAUGUAUAAACUUUCGCUUUUUGUACUGUUGUAAUAUGCGUAUAUAAUAAAAAUCUGUGAAAGUAA